AUGCCUGCGGGGGCCCCGUGCAGCCUUUUCUUCGCCUCUGUCCUCUUGCUGAGGGCAUGCGCCCAGAGCUUCGGCCAGACGCGCUUCAUCUGCACCUCGGUGCCGGUGGAUAUGGACAUGUGCACCUCCUCCCUGCCGAGCAGCGGCACCGCCGAGGAGCUGCAGACCACCGUCCUGCAGCUCCGGGAGACAGUGCUCCAGCAAAGGGAGACCAUCAUGAACCACAAAGAGACCAUCCGGGAGCUGACCACCAAGCUGGGCCGGUGUGAGAGCCAGAGCCUGCCGGAGGCGGGCCCCAGCGAGUCCAAGACGGGCGGGGGAUCCAGCCGCAAACAGCCCGGCUCGUCCAAAAACACCAUGGGGGAUCUGUCCCGGGCGCCAGCGGCUGAGACCUUGAGCCAACUUGGGCAAACUUUGCAGUCACUUAAGACAAGGCUAGAAAACCUAGAGCAGUUUAGUAGGAUCAAUUCGUCAGGCCAGACCAACCACCUGAAGGAUAUACUGCAGAAUAAAAUAGAUGACUUGGAGAAGCAAGUUCUGUCCAGAGUGAAUAGCCUGGAGGAAGGAAAGUUAAAUCCGAAGAACGAGUCCGAGGAAAGAGGCAAAAUCGAGAGUACGUUAACUUCCCUGCACCAGAGGAUCAGUGACUUGGAGAAAGGGCAGAAAGACAACCGGCCGACCGACAAGUUCCAGCUGACCUUCCCGCUGCGGACGAACUACAUGUACGCCAAGGUGAAGAAGAGCCUGCCCGAGAUGUACGCCUUCUCCGUGGGCAUGUGGAUCAAGUCCAACGCCUCGCCCGGGGUGGGGACGCCCUUCUCCUACGCGGUGCCGGGCCAGGCCAACGAGCUGGUGCUCAUCGAGUGGGGCAACAACCCCAUGGAGAUCCUCAUUAACGACAAGGUCGCUAAGCUCCCGUUCGUCAUUAACGAUGGGAAGUGGCACCAUAUCUGCAUCACCUGGACCACGCGGGACGGCGUGUGGGAGGCCUACCAGGACGGCACGCAGGGGGGCCACGGAGAGAACCUGGCUCCCUAUCACCCCAUCAAACCGCAGGGGGUCCUGGUCCUGGGCCAGGAGCAGGACACCCUGGGCGGGGGGUUUGACGCCACCCAAGCGUUCGUGGGCGAACUGGCCCAUUUCAACAUCUGGGACCGGAAGCUCAGCCCCGGGGAGAUCUACAACCUGGCCACGUGCAGCACCAAAGCCCCCGCCGGCAACGUCAUCGCCUGGUCCGAGACCAACAUCGACAUCUACGGGGGAGCCACCAAGUGGACUUUCGAAGCUUGCCGCCAGCUCAACUAG